UUUUCAGUGGGACUAGACAGAUCACAGAUGGCAAACCUGUUUACGACAAACAGAUUCAAUCAACAUGGAGUUGGUUAAUUAAAAUCUAAUUUCCCGGCAUAACUUAAUAAUUGAACUUAAUUGAGGAGUCUAUCCUCAAUUAAUAAUCUUUGUUUCUUUAAUGAAGUAGAGAUAAUUAUAUUUUUAUCCGUAAUGGAAAACAUCCCUAGCAUAGAAACUGUUUACCAAGCAGUUCAUACCUUGUAUCACAAUCCAGAUACUACUGAAAAAGAAAAAGCAUCUUUGUGGCUUGGAGAACUUCAAAAAUCGGUUUGUGCUUGGAAAAUAGCAGAUGAACUAUUGCACAGACAGGGAGAUGUCGAGUCGUGCUAUUUUGCUGCGCAAACAAUGCGCACCAAGAUUCAAUACUCAUUCCAUGAACUUCCACUCGAAUCUCAUGGAUCGUUACGUGACUCACUUCUGGAACACAUUUCCAAAGUUACUGAAUCAACAAGUUCAGUCAUUGUUACUCAGUUAUGUGUGGCGUUGGCUGACCUGGUUCUACAAAUGACCUCCUGGCAGAAACCAGUAUUAGAUUUGAUAAACAAAUUUGGAUUGACAAAUCUCCUCCCCUUACUAGAAAUAUUGACCGUACUACCCGAGGAGGUGAACUCUCGAACUCUUAGACUAGGAUCGAAUCGCAGACAUGAUAUCCUACAGGAAUUGAGAACAUGUGUUACUCCUGUAUCUGACUACUUGAAAGCCUGUCUCGUAAAUCAGGGCGACAACACACUUAUUCAAAUGCGAAUUUUGCGGUGUUUCACAUCAUGGGUCUCUGUUCAUGGAAUUACGUUACCAGAAAUUGCCGAUAAUCUCGUUGUAGCAAACGCUUUCCACGUAUUAGCGAAUCAUCAGUCUGAGAAUAAACUGCAUGAAGCGGCCUCGGAUUGCGUCUGCGCACUGCUUCAAAGCCUGGAGGACAACAAUAAUCAGCAAUCAUUGGAAGCGCAAUUGUUCCAGGGCGUCGUUAGUUUGGAACAAGCUUAUCACAUGUCCGUUGCUCACGAAGAUUUGGAAAAAUCCAUUAACUAUUGUAGAGUUUUUACUGAAUUGGCAGAAACGUUCUUAGAAAAAAUAGUUAGCGCAAGUAAUUCGAAUGAACUUCAUUUCUCUGUAAAAAUUUUAGAUAUAGUCUUGAUCUGUGUUGGUCACCAUGAUUAUGAGGUAGCUGCAAUAACUUUUAAUCUGUGGUAUAGACUAUCAGAAGAACUUUAUCAAAAAAAUAAUGAUCCGUUAACUCAUCUAUUCAAACCAUAUAUUGAACGACUAAUCAAAUCGCUAUGUAAACAUUGCCAAAUAGAGCCUGAUCAUGAAGGAUUGCUAGAAGAUGGUGACGAUUUUUCCGACUUUCGAGUCAAAGUUUCCGAAUUGAUUAAGGAUGUAGUUUUCAUUGUCGGCUCUUCAAAUUGCUUCAGACAGAUGUUUAUGAGCUUACAAGAACAAAAUGUGACGUGGGAGUCCUCUGAAGCUAAUCUUUUUAUAAUGCAAGCUGUUGCCAAAAAUGUUCUUCCCGAAGAAAAUGAAGUAGUGCCUAAAGUGGUUGAAGCGAUUUUGAAUCUUCCACAACAAACGCAUAUCGCUGUCCGUUACACUUCUCUACUAUUGUUGGGGGAACUUUGUGAAUGGAUAGAAAAACACCCACAAUCGCUUGAACCGGUCCUGAAUUUCCUGCUAUAUUGCCUGCAACAACCGAAGCUGGCGUCUGCUGCAGCCACCGCCCUGCAGUCGAUAUGCAGCGCCUGCUGUAAGCACAUGGAUGUGCAUUUCAACGGCAUUGUCCAGAUAAUCCAGUCGCUCGACACAUUCUCCAUAUCCAAUGAAGCUGCUAAUGGCCUCCUAAAAGGUGUGUCUAUGAUUCUUGGGAAAAUGCCUCCUGAGCAGCUUCAUCAAUCUAUGAAGGAGAUUUGUUGGUUGCAAGCUAAUCCACUUGCAAUGCUUCUUGAGACCGAUGUUAAAAUUGAGCGUGGAACAAAGACUGAUCCUACCCUAUGGCUGGAUAGGUUGGCAACUGUAUUCAGGUUCACACAAACCAACGUGCUCAAUGGUGCCACACAUCCUUGUGUAGGAGUAGUCACUGAGAUGUGGCCAGUUUUGUCGGCGACAUUCAACAAGUAUCUGCCCGAUGUGAGAACUAUGGAGAGAUGUGGCCGAGUGGUCAAGUUUGCUAUCCGCUGCGUUGGAAGGCAGAGCGCUCAUCUGCUGGAGCCAAUUGUUAAACAGAUCUUGUCACUGUAUAACCAAUACCAGCAUAGUUGUUUCCUUUACCUUGGAUCCGUACUCGUGACCGAAUUCGCCAAUGAACCUGGCUGUAUCGAAGGCCUUGACAAUAUGAUGCAAGCUUUCAUCACUCCAACAUUCACUCUUCUACAAGAGAACAAUGGUCUGAAAAAUCAUCCUGACACUGUUGAGGAUUUCUUCAGAUUAUGUUCUAGGUUUCUUCAGAAUGCGCCUGUUGUUUUUCUGAACUCUCCGUCGCUGAAUGCCAUUCUGCAGUGUGCACUACUUGCUACAUCUCUUGACCAUAAAGAUGCAAAUGCAUCAGUCAUGAAGUUCUUCUAUGAUCUCGUGCACUGCGGAAGAACCAAAGAAACAAACGAAGACUUUGUUGUGAGAUCAGCGUUAAUCAAAGAGUUGAUACAGAAGCAUGGGCAAGCAUUGGUGAAUAAUCUGAUGCAAGCGUGCGUGUUCUCGCUGCAAUCAUACAUGUUGAGUGACGUGGCCGAUGUCAUAAUGGAGCUUUUAAUAAACGACAGAGAGAGUCUUGGUAGAUGGCUGGAAGAAGCUUUAAAAAAUUUACCAAUGCAAAAUUCAAGUGGAUGUGUAACUGCCACUCCAGCACAAUUGGAAGAAUUCCACCAAACAUGUUUAAGCUCUGAAAAUAGCAAAGGAUUAUCGCACACGUUGAGAGCUUUCGCCAGACUAUUUCGCUGACCUAGCAGGACGUUUACACACUGUGACCUGUCGAUGCUAUUGCUAACAAAGUUUUAUAUUGAAAGGAAAGUUUCCUUAUAUAUUUAUUUAUAUAACACGUAUCAAUGACGGACUCAGAAUCUGGAACAUAAUCAUUAUAUUCAUUGUGUUCGACAAUGGAAUUAGUAUGUACUAAAAUCAAUGAUAUCGAUUUUGAAGAUCAAUGCUUGUGUUUUGUAUAAUGUUUGUCGAUGCCAGACUUGUAAUUUUAAUUAUACAGUUUGAAUCCAUCUGUAGAA